AUGAGCAGGCAAAGUGUACCACCCCCAGGCAUCAAUUCCUGCGAGAGGAUCAGACCGGAGCGACCCAGAAAUACGAUACAGAGGCUGGUAUGGGGUCCCGGAACGCAGUUCCAGGUCGGUCAUAUCGGCAUCCCGGAGGAUGAAGGCUCGAAUCCGCGGAUGGCGUUAAGAAGACUGCUGAGGUUGUACGAGGGCAGACAAUACAGGGAAGCCGCCGGCUUCCUGAUGAAGCUGCCGCAUUACACCUUAAAGGCUGCACUGCCGGAUAUUCCGGUGGACCUGUUGAUCGAAACGCUACCGCACAGCCUCACCUUGCUGGAGGCGCUCUACUCCCGACUGGUGGAACUGAACGUCAGCGAUAUGAAGAUCCUGCGGAUCGAGCAGGUCCUCUGGAGGAUAGUGCAUCUGAUAUCGACUAGUCAGGAUCACUUCCGACCGCGGAUCUGGUGUAAACUUCUCGUGUCAUUGAACAGAUUAUCGCCCAACACGAAGAGCACGCUGCUAUCAAGGAGACGUGCUCUGGAGAGAGCUGUAGAAGGACUCGGCAAGCACGGACUAGUGCCAUCCUCGCAGACAAACAUCUCCGAGAAUUCCGUUACGCCAAAUCUAGUGCCACUGCCGGUGGCACUGAAAGAGGAGCUCGAGACGCGAACGGAAGCAUACAAAUUAGCGUUGCACAAGAUCGAGAACUUCGGCAAGCACGCUGGGAGCAAUAAAGCGGAUCAAGGUGUACAGGCGGCUUCGCAUCAGCGGCAGCUUUCCCUGAAGUACAGCGAGAUCCAGCAGCGGCUGAUCGAUAAUCAGAGCCUGCUGAACACCUUGGAGAAAGCGGGCGGGCCGUGCAGCUUGGAGAAUCUGCUAGAGGAGCUGAAGCGCCGGGUCGAGCAGGAUAAGGAGGCGCUCCGGGAAUGGAUGGCCUUGAGGAAAUCUACCUCCGGACCGACGAACGUGAAGAAUCCGGCCCUCGCCGCCAGAUUGUUGCAGUUUUCGAGGGGCUGCGCGCUCGCCCUGCAAUUCAUGAGCGAGGAUAAUCCGCAGGUUUUCCAUCUAGACGAAAAUCUCGGCGACGACUACGAGGAGGAGUCCAGCAGCGCCGGCUACCACACGGACGAGAGUUGCAGCCCGACGCCGGAGCCGGUUGUGACUGGCAGCAACUGCGAGGUACUCAGCGCGGAAGAAAAUUGCUCAGGUUUAACCUCGGCCAAUAUCACAGUGGAACAGCUCGCCGAGAGAUACGGCGCUCUCUAUGCCCAGGCCAACUUGCACACCCUGGAUGCUCUGGACGCGCUGGAGCCCCUCAAGGACGCUCCUGAUUUAAAAGCGAAGAUUCUCUACUCGGUGGUAGUGCUCUCGUGGCGUCUUGCCGGCAUGGUCCAGACGUCGAGGCGCCUGGAAGCCUUGAAGAUCCUGAACGGCGCGGCCGCGACCCAGACGGCGGCAGCGACUCCGGAGCUCGAGGAAUGCAUAAAAAGGCAGCUGGCCACUUCCGGGGCGCAGACCGGUUCCCGUGAGGUCGCCGAGCAGGUGGUCAGCCAGUUGGAGAGGACACUGUACGACUUUCCGUGUUUGCGUGGCUGCGCCGAGGUCAAGAGUUACGCCACCGCGUGCUCCACUUUGGCCUGGGCGUGCCUGGCACGUUCCACGCCGCUGGUGCUCGACGCGGCGCAGAGUCUUGAGUUCCGUCGAGAGGUGCACGUGAGGCAUCACGCCUCCCCGAAUCCGCACGGGACCAGAAUCAGAUCGGUCCUGUGGCCAGGACUUCGGAAGGGCUGCCAAGGUCCCUGCCUUCACAGAGCCGUCGUGUUAACUUGCUGAAGCACUGCGAUUUUUCUAUAAAAAAAAAAAAAAUUAAAUAAAAAGGGAAUUCAUGCAGAAUUAAAAAAUAUGUUUGAAAAACAUGCAAAAAUAUUUUUCGUAUAAAUGAAAUUUUUGAAAUAUAUACAGGGAGAAAGUUGAUCGAGCCAGAUAAGCGAAACUAUAUACAAUGAUUUUUUCUAACGAUUUAAUUAAGUGUAAAUUAAUAAUAAUAAAAUAACAUAUUGAUUUAAUAGUCACAGAAAAAUGUAUCUUUAUCUCAGAACGUGAUAUAAUUUUUAGAGUACAUUUUGAGGAAGAAAAGUCUCGGACAGAGAGAGAGAGAGAGAGAGAGAGAGAGAGAGAGAAGAAAAUAACAUAUAAAAUUUACAGAGAUACACAAUACAUAAUUAUAAAAAUACAAUAUGCCGCAAAUAAUUCUGAGUACAAUUAUCAAUUUACGAGAUACCAAUUUAUGACAUAAAAAUGACUCAGAAUUUUCAGAAGUACAAUUAUAAUUUGGUAACAAAAAUAGAGAAACGUGCGAGGUCGAACUCGCUAAUUGAAUGUACAAUGAAAAGCAGAGACAAUCCCCCGUGUGGGAUGCUGCGCCCGCAGCAUGCUCCAAUUUCAUUCGCGCUUAUGAUAUGCAUUCUACACCGUUGACACUUGACGCCGCAACCGGACCUUAAAUUUCAGAAACGUAUCUCGGGCGUGUUGCUCGUGGUUCCACCGACCGCAGAAUCAAGAAUUCAGGGUAGUAUGACACGGUGUAUAUUGCAGUGUCUUGCCAUUCUUGUUUACACGGUUCUUAUCUACAUUAUGUUAUCGUUGAGAAGAAAAAAAGAGAGAAAGAAAGAGAGAAAAAGAUUUAUAUUAAACGUAUCAAUCGAUACGGUACUUAAUCCAAAAAGACGACAAAUAAAAACCAUAAUAUACUUAUAAAUGAAUAUAAGAAAGGAAAUAUUCGUAAAACCGAAUGAAAAAAUGUGCAUAUUUUUGUCAUAUUUAAUAAGAUAUUAAGUUUAAAAUAAAUAUUAAUUUUCUCGUGAAUGAUAUAAUGUAUCUUCAUAUUUAAUACGAGACAGCUACGUUUUUCUCCGGUAACUGCUGUACCUGUAAAAAUAUUUAUCUUUUCGAUUUAAUAAUUGAUAUUAUAAGAAAUUGUAAAUUGUAAUUAUUUUUAGACUUCUCGAAACUUGAGCAAAUUACACAGACGUACCUAUCCGUUACAAUCAAAAUAUGAUUAUAAAAUAUAUAUAGAAUAUAGAAUCUAAGAACAUAAUAACGAAAGAAAAUAAUUAGAUUUGCAAUUAAAUUGUAUAACGCUAGGAAAUAUUAACACAUAUGUUAUUUAUAUCUACGCUAAGGGAUUUUAAUGCUCAAUGUAUGAAAUUUAUAUUAAAUUAAUACUCAAAGUAGUCGACAAUGAUAUUUUAAUAAUCGAUAAGCUCUAUUUUAUAACAAAGCUGUGUAUUGUUUCAAUCGUUACACAUUUAUAUUAAAAUUAUGUAAAUUAACAAUAAAAACGUUUAACGAAA